UGGCGACGCGCAGCAGGCAGGGUGUAGGACAGCUAGGCCUGCUUAAAGCUGCUAACCUUCGCCGCAGUUUGAGUCAGAUUAGCUUUGUGCUGGGAUAACGUUGUGGUUUUUAUGUUUGGGACGGCUUUACGUUUGCCCAGCGUCAGCCUUACAACAUUAGAAACAGGGCCUGUUUUUGUUAGGGCAUAUUAAAACGCAUUCCAGUAGUUUCAUCGACCCAACACAAUGCUAAUCCGUUAGCUUCCAUGUUCACUUGUUAGCUUAUGUCUCUGGAUAAGCAAAUCAACAGUAACCAAGAAGGCUUAUCCUGAAUCAUGAUCAAUGCAAAUCACGUUUAUCCCCCAAAAUGCACGUUUAUUAAAAACGCUGGGAUCUGUAAGGAGAAAGGUGCUAAGUUGGACGUAUGAUAAAGGAGAAACGCAAGUAUAAUAGUCGACACUUGAGUACCAAAGUAAUUCCUCCAAAACAUAAGAUUGACGCUGAAAACAAAAAGGAGACGCGUCAUUCUUUGGUGUUUCUUCCCCUUUCCUGUUAAAAUAAAUGUACCGAAGACAAACUUAUUUAAAUCUCCUUCGAUUGGGUCACGUUUGUUAGGAAAUGAGUUUGUUAUGCCCAUUAAAAAAACACGUGAAAUCCCGUCGACAAACAGCUUUAGGUGGGAAACAAGGCUUGAUGCAAUUGGAGUCAAUCUCAUUGAGAGAGAUAAAGAUGAAAUGCUGCAACCAGAGGCAGUCCCAUAUCCAGUGCUUAUUACAAAGUAGGCUGGCAAAAUAAUGGGUUAUAGCUAUGCACAAUCACAGUGGUGCACAUCACUAAUAUAUUUACAACUGAGUCAUCAUAUAAAUGAUGUUGACAUGGCCUUGCAAGGCAACACUCAAAAUCAUUUGUUGAUUUUAAUAGAAACACUUGAGGCCAAAAUGCUAUUAAAAUGUGUUAUGAAUAUUUGUAAUACAUGAAACAGAAAGACACGAGUCAAUGUUUUCUUCACCAUUUUUAUUUGGUUUAAUUGCCUCAAACUGAUAGAAUACUGAAAUAAACACCGAUCAUUUUUAUGUUAAAAAAAAUCAGAGUUACGUCACAUGAGCUUUUAGGGUCAUCUUACCCGCCACUAUUACCUGCCAGUUACUUUUUUAUAUUUUAAGACUUAGUUGCUUGAUGGCAACUAAACAUCGCUUAGAUGUAUGCACCUUGAAACUGUACCCUUGUCCCUAGUGGCGUGCUGGGGCCUAUUUCCAGCUAACUUUCACCCUGGACAGGUGGCCAGACACAGAAAGGGCAAACAAUCAUGCACACACACAAUCACACUUUGGGAGAAUUUAGAGAAACCAAUUAACCGUGGGAGGAAGCCAGAGAACCCAGAGACUCACGCAUGCACAAAAAGACCCCGGGCCGAGAAUUGAACCCAGGACCUUCUUGGUGCAAAGCAACAGUGCUACCAACAGUGCUACUACUGCACACUUAUGUUUUUAUGGAUUCGGAGGAGAAUGAGGUGGAAAGCAGCAGCGAUGCAGGCCCAUCGGGGAUGGAGGAGCCGUCUGAAAGCGGCAUGGGCAUGGAAUCAUCUGAGGCGAUGUCCGCAGACAGCAGCGAUGCUGCUGCCUCCCAUGCGCAGGCCCCAGAAUCAGACUGUCAUGUGGGACAGAGCUCAGAAGGACUCAUGGUGUUCAUCCCAGAGACCAGCUCCAGCACAGAUGUCAGAGUUUCUUCAGUUCAUCUUCCUGACUCGUCUUCCGUGGCUCAGUCCACCAGCGUGUCUAGUGUCUCCACAGUGACCCAGUCAGUGCUGGUGUCUGAAUCGGCUCAAGUUCUGGUCCACUCCAGUGCUGUGUCAGACGGAGCGAUGAUGGUUUCUGACUCCACUGCCUCUACCUCAUCAGAUCUGGGGUCUGCAAUCGACAAGAUCAUAGAGUCCACCAUCGGCCCCGAUGUCAUGAACGGUUGUAUAGCUGUCACCAGUGCAGAAGAUGGAGGUGCAGAAACUACUCAGUAUCUUGUUUUACAAGGACCAGAUGACGGGGCUCCUAUGGUAGCCCAGAUGUCAUCUUCAGCCAUGUCCAACCGUGGAGCCAUUGAGGCUCAUGCUGAAGGCCCCACGUCCACCUGCCAGGAUCAGGGAGACCUGCAGGGCGUCCUUGAACCGGACCAGCCCGAUGAUCAUCCGGGACACUCCGGUUACAGAGAAGAGAGCAGCAGCCAGCCCGACCAGCCCCAGCACUCCCAUCCUUCCCAGUAUUUGGACUGCAGCGCGGAUGGCCCGGACCAGACUGAGGAGUCUUCAUCGUCGUUUCUGGAGUGUUCGGGUGAGGAACCCGACCAGACUCGCUCCCAGACCGGCUUCCCUGACUACAGUGGUAACAACAGUGACCAGGACCUUCCUGGAUACGUGGAAUGCAGUGGAGCCGACUCAAACCCCACCAGCAGAAGCCGCUACGUGGUGGACUGCAGCUCCGGGUAUCUCCAGCGUGUAGCAGAUGCCAGAGAGCAGCCGCAUCAUUCACGCAGCUAUAUCGACAGCAGCGCUGACCACCGGACCCAGACCAGCCGACAGUACGCAGGAGAGUCUGGAGGGGAAUGCGUUGCGGCUGCAGACUCUGAGCAGCCCGGCUGUUCGCGAUAUCAGACACGACAUGACGAUGACGACGACGAUGAGCAGAACCAGGAUCCAGAUCAGCCACAGCACUCUCAGCAGCAGCCACAGCACUCCUGCUACACAGAGAAUAGCAACGGCCCAGAGGCAUCCCUCUAUCAUGAUGAUAGCUCCUCGUCAGACCACCCGCUUGCAGACACGGUGGGCACAGGCGGACUUCCUGAGGCGCUGGAAUGCAACGAGAGUCAACCUGGUCUGUACAUCAGUAGCAGUGGCACGUAUGCAUCUAAUCAAGAACCUGAACCGGCCCAACAGAGCUCCCCGUGCCCAGAGGAGCCUCGGGGCUCCCAGGAUGAACCGGGGUUCUCCAGAGACAUGGACACGUCAGCUGCGCCUACGGGUUCAGGAGACCACCAGCCGAACUUGGCUGAGUUAGAGGAGAUGAUGGAGGUGGUGAUUGUUCAUCAAUUCAAGUGCAAGAUGUGUCCGUACAAAAGUAUUUCCAAAGACACGCUCAUUAACCACAUGAGGGACAAACACUUUAAACCCGCCGGCGAAAUACCAAUGAAACGGAAACGUGGUCGACCUCCUAAAAGCGAGACAUUAGCUCGUCAAAAAGCAGAGCGAGAAGAGGCAGAAAGGAGGAAAGCGGAAGAGGUGAAGGAUUCUGUGAAGCAACCAGAAGAAGAAGAGGACGAUAUUGUGGAUGCUGGCGCCAUCGACGAUCCAGAAGAGGACAGCGACUACAACCCUGUAGAUCAGGAGAUUAAAGGAAGACCUCCAGCUUUCCCGAAGAAACCACCCACUCCCAUCUCCUCCUCAUCUCAAGGGCGUCCCCGGCGAAAAGUCGGUCGCCCGAGGAAGUACAACGUUUCUGGUGAAGGGAACAGCAGCAAAGAAGCAGAAAGCAUCUCUAAGUGGCCCAGGCUCAGUGUGGAUCCCUCUCCAGCUGAAGAGGCAAGCUCUUCUGGUUUGGGCCAAGGUCUGGGUAGAGAGAUUAACGAGGACACAGCUGAGGCAGCGAUCAGCCAAUCUGACUCCGAGAACAAAGACCCUUCGUCAAACUCUCAACCAGAGGAGGAGUUCCUCCCGAGGAAACGGGGCCGACCUUCUAAGCGCUUCCUGCGCAAGAAAUAUAGGAAGUAUAUGAAUCGCAAUCGGUACUAUAAAUCACUCAAACCUCUGCUGCGGCCCCACAACUGCUGGAUCUGCGGUUCGCGCUUCCUCACCCAGGAGGAUCUGCGCUUUCACAUCGACUCUCAUGAAGGCAGUGACCCAGAGCUGUUUAAGUGCCUCCAGUGCAGCUACCGCUGCAAGCGCUGGUCUUCACUGAAGGAGCACAUGUUCAAUCAUGAAGGCACGAAGCCAUUUAAAUGUGAGGAGUGUGACUACUCAAGUGUUUACAAGAAAGAUGUUAUUCGACACUCUGCAGUUCACAGCAAAGAGAAGAGAAGAAAAAAAGAGUUGAUUCCCAAGGUGUUAGAGUUCCCGUGCCCGGUGUGUGACAAGGUGUACCCGAUGCAAAAGAGACUCACCCAACACAUGAAAACUCACAGCUCUGAGAAGCCACACAUGUGUGACAAGUGCGGAAAAUCCUUCAAGAAGAGGUACACAUUCAAAAUGCACUUAUUGACCCACAUCCAGAGUCUUGGAGACAAGUUCAAGUGCGAGUUUUGUGACUAUUCUUGUGAAAACAAGAAGCUGCUGCUCAACCAUCAGCUCUCCCACACCAACGACAGGCCCUUCAGGUGUGACUACUGUAAAUAUUCCACGUCCAAAGAGGAGUUCCUGGUCUCACACAUGGCCAUCAAACACACAGGGGAGAAGCCUUUCUCUUGUGAUAUGUGUCACUUCACCACCAAGCACAGGAAGAACCUGCGUCUCCAUGUGCAAUGCCGCCACCCAGAGGCCUUUGACGAGUGGUCUCUGGCUCACCCCGAGGAGCCAGUCAGAAGACGAAGGAAACCCUUCUUCACCCUGCAGCAGAUAGAGGAGCUCAAACAACAGCAUGACGACAACAAUCCGACAUUACAGAACACCAUAAUUACUGUGGAUCCUGAGACACUACAGGCUAUGCAGGGGAUAGAAAAUGCUUCAGUGACCCAGGAUGCAUUGGGAAAUACAACUAUAAUCUAUGAACAUGCUGAGGCCAGUGGUCUGUCUGCUCAAAAUGCCCUGGAUCUGUUGCUGAACAUGAGCAACGCUCGGGAAAUUGUUGGAAACUCUUUACAGGUGGCAGUGCUGAAAUCAGAAGGAAGUGAAGGGGGAGGCGAAGCAGUCGGUGGCCUGACCGUUGCGCCUGGGCAGGGUCAAAAGAUCAUGACCUUUCAUGUGUCUGAGAACGGUGAAGCAGUGCUGCAGGAGGCCUACGAGGCAGCCGCCUCUGAAGCUGGGGAGCUUACCCACAUCGCCAUAGAAAGCUACGAGGAUGGAGGCGAGUUCAGUGUUGUUGAAGAGCCUGCUGCUGAAGUCCACAGCCCCGCAUUCAGCGUUGAUGAAAGCAGUCAGGGUUUAGACGUCUCUGCAUCAGAGAACCUGAAAAAUGACAAGUACUAUCUAACUUCAGCCCUGGCUGACGGUGUAUUGCAGCAAGUAGAGCUGAGCAGUGAAGAUCCAGCCUCGCCCACAGCGACGAGCUCUCCCAACAUCAAGCGAUUUUGCUGCCGCAUCUGCAUGGAGUCAUUCAACGGCCGCUCCGACAUGGAGAACCACAAGAGGGCGCACUUGGAUCCCAACACUUUUAAAUGUCCCGACUGUGAUUUCACCUCAACCUCCUGGCCUGAAGUGAAGUCUCACAUGGGGAUGCACUCCUACCUGCGCCCGCAUAAAUGUCCAAGUUGCAGCUUUGCCUCAAAGAAUAAGAAAGAUUUGCGUCGUCACAUGAUGACCCACACCAACGAGAAGCCGUUCGCUUGCAAACAUUGUGGACAAAGGUUUAACCGUAAUGGUCACCUGAAGUUCCACAUGGAGCGUCUCCACAGUCAGGAUCAUCCCACUCGCAAAAGCCGCAGCAACGCAUCUCAGCAAACGAUCAUUGUGAACAGUGACGAAGAGGCCUUAGCCACCCUGCAGUCCUUGCAGGCUCAUCAGACAACGAUCACUCCAGAGCGGUUGCAGGCGCUCAGUCAGGAUCACAUCAUUGUAUCUCAAGAGCAGCCGCUAUCCGAUCAGGACGAAGGGCCUUACAUCCAGCAGAUAACCACCAUUGAUGGUCAGACUGUUCAGCACCUGAUGACUGCAGAUAACCAGGUGACUGAAGUUCAGUACAUCAUCUCACAGGAUGGAGUUGAACACUUAAUUCCUCAGGAGUAUGUUGUAGUUUCUGAUGGUAACCAAAUUCAGGUGCCUGAUGGACACAUUAUCCAAUACGAGCAUGAACAGCCGAUUGCUGUAAGUCAUGACGGGCAGAUCCAGUACGUUCCUGUCAGCUCUCAAGCUCAGGAGGACAUGGAAGCUGCAGCACAUUCUGCUGUCACAGCUGUAGCGGACGCAGCCAUGGGGCAGACCCAAACACUUUACACCGAGGCUACACCGGAGCAGCUGGAGCAGCUGCAGCAGCAGGGCAUCUCCUAUGACGUCAUUACCUUCACCAACGAGUAGAGACGCACAUGCGAGCUCAGAAAACCACGACCUCAACUCAUUUAUGCAUCCAUGCAUUCACAAGGCUGCGAACUGAAGCCUUAUCUGCAAAAGAUUAACAGCUUGUGGAAAAUAAAUGCACAUUUUCAGACUUGUUGCUUCUAAAUUAUUAAUAGGGGCUGCACGUUUCAGAGUACAUUUGAACAAGGUUUGUCUGUUUUGUGAGUUUAAGAACAGUGUUUGUGUGCCUGAGCUGCUUCAACUCGCAAGACAAUGUUAUCUAACAUGUUUUAGAAAAUUUCUUUUUUUUUUUAGUUUUGUGAUUGAAAUGAAGGACAAAAGGGAGUGUUUAUUUUAUAUAUGUAUUAAGUUAAUUGUGUAGUAUUUUACAACUGAGUUAUGGAAUAUUUAUGUACAUACAUUUUUCAUUAGUCUUUUGCUUUAUUAUGGAUGAUGUGUUUUGAGUUGGUAAGACAUGUAUCAAAAGUUAAAAGCUAACACCAAAUAAAUCGCUUUGUGUACACGUCUA